AAAACCGGGUAGAAUCGGAUUACAACCCCGUUCCAGAGUAGAUAGCUAGGUCUCGUUGCGAGGGCCAGCGGCGUAGUAGGGCUUUCUUCCUACUCCGCUGAGCCGACCGUCGCCUCUCCGACCGUCUGAAUCCUCCUAAUCAAUUCCGUCUCUCCGUGCAGCAACCUGGAGAGAGAAGAGGACCCAGAAGGGUGGUAGAAAUGGGCGGUAGCGGCGGCGGAGAAAGGACGCCGGAGGGUUCGGAGGAGCAGCAGAAGCGGUCGGAGAUCUACACGUACGAGGCGCCGUGGCACAUCUACGCGAUGAACUGGAGCGUCCGGCGGGACAAGAAGUACCGUCUGGCCAUCGCGAGCCUCCUGGAGCAGUAUCCGAACCGCGUGGAGAUCGUCCAGCUGGACGACUCCACCGGUGAGAUCCGCUCGGACCCGGCCCUCUCCUUCGAGCACCCCUACCCCCCCACCAAGACCAUGUUCGUCCCCGACCGCGACUGCAUCCGCCCCGACCUCCUCGCCACCUCCGCCGACUUCCUCCGCCUGUGGCGCAUAUCAUCGGAUGACGAAGGCGGCGGCGGCGACGACGACAGGAAGCACAACUCCUCCUCCAAGUCGCCCUCGUCGUCACGCGUUGAGCUCCGGUCCCUCCUCAACGGCAACCGCAACUCCGAGUUCUGCGGGCCUCUGACCUCCUUCGACUGGAACGAGGCCGAGCCGCGCCGCGUGGGCACCUCCUCCAUCGACACCACCUGCACCAUCUGGGACAUCGAACGCGAGGCCGUCGACACCCAGCUCAUCGCCCACGACAAGGAGGUCUACGACAUCGCCUGGGGCGGCGUCGGCGUUUUCGCCUCCGUCUCCGCCGACGGCUCCGUCCGCGUCUUCGACCUCCGCGACAAGGAGCACUCCACCAUCAUCUACGAGUCGGCCGACCCCCCCGACACUCCCCUCGUCCGCCUCGGCUGGAACAAGCAGGACCCCCGCUACAUGGCCACCAUCAUCAUGGACUCUGCCAAGGUCGUCGUCCUCGACAUCCGCUUCCCCACCCUCCCUGUCGUGGAGCUCCACCGCCACCAGGCCAGCGUCAACGCCAUCGCCUGGGCCCCCCACAGCUCCUGCCACAUCUGCACUGCCGGCGACGACUCUCAGGCCCUCAUCUGGGACCUCUCCUCCAUGGGCAGCGCCUCGGGAGGCGGCCAGCAGGCCCAGGCCGCUGCCGAGGGCGACCUCGACCCCAUUCUCGCCUACACCGCCGGGGCGGAGAUCGAGCAGCUGCAGUGGUCCUCCACCCAGCCCGACUGGGUUGCCAUCGCCUUCUCCACCAAGCUCCAGAUACUCAGGGUUUGAGAAAGAGGCAUACGAAAGGAAUAAAGACAGGUUCAUCUAUCCAUUGACUAUUCUUAUCAUCUCAUCAUCUUUUUGCUGAUGCUGCUAUCAGCGAUUUCUCACCUUCAAUUAGUCAUCCGCUACAUAUGGGAUAGCGUGGGAUAAAAUAGAAGAUUGAGGAGUUUCUUACUUGCUUUAGAUUAGGGAUGGGCCAUAGGCCACCUUGGGUGCUUCUCUACUGGGCGAUAGUCUGAUCUCCUUAUCUUGCUUGCUUGUGAUGUAAUUUGUAGUUUGUUUAGUUUUUACAUUUGGACCUUGGAUUGUGGAGUUGAACUGACUUUAAUUACAUGGGAAUACCAUUAAUUGCUUGUUUGGGGACUC